AUGGGUUCAAGAAAUUUGCAGUUUGAAAUUCUCGUCCUUCCAGAGAAUCAACGUGAAAAUCACAAUGUGAAUUCUACUAGUAGUCAAAAUCAGAAUGUAAUUUAUAAUAUUAAUAAUAAUCCUCCGCCACAACAGCAAGUUCGCUACGAGACAAAGGUUCAAAAGUUCAAAUGCAGUCAAGAGAAUUUAUUAGCUUAUUGGAUUCCAGAUGGAUUUCGUGCUGUGCUGAUGCCCAAAAAAGAUCUUCAUUUAGUCCAGCAACCACAACAGCAACUAUCCAACAAUCUACCAUCGUCACCAGCUAAUAAUGCCCAGCAAAAUUCUCACGUGAUAAGAACCGCGUCUGUAUUUAGGCGACGAAAUAAUCCAAUGGGAAAUGGUCGUCCAAUGCGACAGAUCACAGCGCUCGAUAUAUAUUAUUUACAAUCGCGUAAAUCAUCGCCUAAUGGUAGUGCACUUCCGGUCAAAACAGUGUUUGAUAUGUGGCACGCGGAGCCGGAGGAUGUGAAACGCAAAUACAAACGUCUAGCUCUCAGACAGCGAAUAGAGUUAGGACUUCGAUAUAAUAAUACAUCUCGACCACCGUUAAAAUCGCAAUUGAUGAUGAAAUCGAAUUCAGCUUCGUCAGGAUUCCCACAAAAUAUGCAAACGCCUGCUUAUGAUCUCAACAAUACCACCAUGUCAUCCAAUAUAAUGAAAGAAAAUAUGCAACAACAAAAUUGUAGGACAAGAUUCUAUAAUUAUGGGGAGCGUACUGUUCCAGUCAGACAGGAUUCUUCGGCCUCAUCCGAAUCCGAGGAAGACUCGGAUGACGCGUUCUACGCAAUACGAAAUAAUCAUCAUGUACCGUCAUCUUAUGCUAGUGAUAAUGAAGAAAAUUCCAACGACUUACUUUAA